AUGACCAUGGACAACUCCUCGCGCUGGACAGCCCUAGUCCACAAGCACCCGGUCCCAGCGAUCGAACUCGUCGGGAUGCUAGGCGUCCAAAUCCUCACCUUCUGGGUCCCCGCCGGUAUAUUCACCAUACUCGACCUGCUAGCCUGGCCCUCCAUCCAACGCUACAAGAUCCAGCCGGCGCGCAAGCAGCCGUCUCGCGAGCUCAUCAUCCGCGACGCCCUGCUGGGCUCUCUCCAAAGUCAACUGCUGAGCACCACGCUCCAGGCCCUGCAGCUAACGGUAGUUCACGCUGUCCUCGCGCGCCCAGAUCUCGGCUACCGCAUGCCGGCGACCCUCCCCAGCCUCCCGGAGUUCCUGACGGAGCUGACCCUGUGCGUCCUGGCGCGCGAGACAAUGUACUAUUACAGCCACCGGGUGCUGCACCACCCGCUCUUCUACGCGCGGUUCCACCGUCAGCAUCAUCGCUUCCACACCCCCGUCGCGCUGGCGACGCUGUAUGUCCACCCCGUCGAGCACAUCCUCACUAACGUUCUGCCCAUCGCGGGGCCCGCGCGCCUGUUCGAUGUGCAUGUCGUGACCUUGUGGGCCUUUGUUGGGGUCGUUGGCAUCCAGGCCGCCCUGGCGCACUGUGGGUACCGUCUGUUCGAGAUGCCCGGCGGGUGGAAACCCGAGGUUCAUGACCUACACCACGAACUGAUGACUGUCAAUUACGGAUUGAUUGGACUCCUGGACAGGGUGCAUGGGACACGGGCGACGACCAAGCUGAGGAAGAGGGAGUGA